AGUACGAUAAUCUGGUAACGCUGGUGUGUGUAUGUGUGUGUGUCCAUCAUGGCGGCGCCCGUAAACACGUCCUCGGACCUGCUGGCUGUGACGGGGGACGGCAGCACCAGGAGUGUGGUGGAGAACCUGCUGAAACAACCUGACAGACGACCUCCACAGGACAAGCCACGAACUUUUAAAGUAGCCAGGAGUCCCCUGCUGGACCAACUACAGACCUUCUUGCCAGAGUUUCAACGGUCCACUGAGCAGCUACUGUCCCAGCCUCCACAGCAGCUGCACCAUCUCAGUGUCGAGAACACAGAUGAUGAUGCCAGAGUUGUAGAGAUGAACCUCCUGUUGGGGCAAGGAGCACCCAAGGACAGAGGGGAUGAUGGGCAAGGCAUCCACAAUUCAGGGGAGGAGACUAGUGACAGUGACUCAGAUGAUGACCUGCUGCAGACAAGAAGAGUGACAGCUGAGAACCUGCAACUGCCCGGUGAAGUUCAAGGCAAGCGGCAGCAAAGCCUCAUACAGGUGGUGUCUGAGAGCUGUGAAAGGGAGGAGGAACUGUCUGAUGGAGAGGUGACAGUGGCAUCUUCAGCCUCUGGGGAGCGAUGAGUGUAGUCGCACUAUUAUCCCCUUUCACAUUACACCCAUGCGUGUCUUGAUUUGCUUCACAGUUCUACAUGGAUCGAAAAUGUCUAAGAAUGUCAUAGGUUUAAAAGAUGUGAGACUCGCAGAAACUGAAAUGGAAUUAAAACAAAAAUAAAAAGGUUGAGAAUUUUGUUAAAAGAUACUUUAGUAAAGGAAAAUGUAAGAGAAUAUUGCAUGAAAAUUGUAUGUCUCACAAAACUAGGAAAGGACCUGUCAAGAAAUGAAGUGAUGUGGAAAGGAAGAGAAAAAGUGAUCACCAAAAAGUUUAGUAAGAGAUGUCAGGGAACCAUGUGAAAGAUGAAGUGUAAUGCCAGGAAUGUUCAACUGUAUAGGCAUAGCUGUAGACUGUGAUGCAUGCCAACAGUGGCAUAUUUUUUAUACCUACUUUUCAAAAUUUUAUAUGUAAUAUUUAUUUUUAAGGGAAGGUUAGUUGGGGCCUUUCUUGGUACAAAGAGGAGCUGAAGUUGUGCCAAAAGAAAGGAAAUUUCUGAAGGCGGAGGAGCCAAAGAUAACACUGAGACAGCCCUGGGUUACAUGAAACAUUGAAGUGUAAAAUGAAUAAAGAUCAAGCAGCAAAGGAUCUUUGGGUAAUAUAGAGGAAUGGCCAGUGUUUAACCCUUUGCUGUGCGAAAGCCUGGUCGGGAUACCAAAAACACAUGUUUUCACAAGCGUUUCCCGCCACCCGGUGAUAACGUGUACAUGGAGUCUGUCUCAGCCAAUAGAAGCAUCUUUCAUCACACACUCCAGCCAAUCACAGCUCUUUAGUUUACCUGGCAGCUAGCUGGGAGCGAGAGAAUGUGCCAGUGUGGGCUGAGAGUCAAAAAUGAGUGAAUUUCCAUAAAAUUGCUCCUCUUCUCACCCCACCCACACCUAACACAAUGGAGGCAAGUUUACCAAAACCUUAGAGCACAUAGCUAAAUAGUUGUACUACAUGCUGAUAUUUAGGGGGUUUUGGGUGAAUACCAGCAAAUUGGGCAAAUAGCCUGCACGGGUACUUCUUUAAUCCAACUUUACAAUGGAUGGGUGUGUCAAAUAUUAUUAUUAUUAUUAUUUUUUUUUUCAAGAGUAAAAGUGUCUUAGAAAAUCCUCAAUUUUAACAUAUUAAAAGGGUUUUUUGAUACCUCCACUAUUUCUAUGAGUUCCCGGGAAAGGGUUAACACCAUCAUGUGGCAAAGCAGGGGAGGGAGACAAGCUCAAAAUUGAGGGGCUUGUCCACCUUCUUUCCCAUGAAUGCGGGAGUGAGGCAGGGCUGUGUCCUUGCCCCAUCACAUUUCAACACUUGUAUGGACUGGGUACUGGGCAGAGUUGUGGACCAGAGUCAUUGCAGAGCAUCCAUUAGCAUUACCAGGGUCACUGACCUUGUUUUUACCGAUGAUGCAAUAAUCCUGGUGGAGUUGCUGGAGGUUUUGGUGAUGGCUCUCGAGGCACUGCAUGAGAAGACGAAGCCCUUGGGACUUCGGGUCUCCUGGGCCAAGACCAAGGUACAGGUGUUUGGAGGCUUGGUAGAUGAAACAGUACAGUCUGUUCAUGCGUGUGGCGAGGACGUUGAGAUCUUGGAAAGUUUCAUGUAUCUUGGUAGUAGUUCAUAACAACGGUGAGUCUCGCCAGGAAGUCUUUUGGCAGAUUGGUCUGGCCGACGGUGUUAUGGACUCGCUAAACAUGAGUAUAUGGCAUUGUCGAUAUCUAUGCAGAAGGACAAAGAUCCGGAUCUUCAAAACCCUUGUGCUCCCUGACUUCCUCUAUGGUUGUGAGACAUGGACACUAAAUGCAGAGGCGGAUUGAUGUCUUUGGUAAUAAAUGUCUACGCAGAAUCAUGGGAUAUCGUUGGAAUGACUUUGUGUAAAACUGGCGACUAUUCCGUGAGACUGAUUCGACAUAUAUUACCUGCCAGGCUAUAUACGGGCACGUGGCACGUUACCCUGAAGCUGAUCCUGCUCAUUGGGUUGUCUCUGUAAGAGACAAUCCUGAGUGGAGGAGGCCACGGGGACGCCCAUGAAAUUCAUGGCUUGAGCAAGUCGAUAGAUCCUGCCGGGAGGUACUCAGGAUGGAAAGGGGGCAUGCAUGGAGACUCGCCUGGAGGGACCCUUGGACUUGGCAUUGUAGGGUGGGCGAGGCGACGCGCUCCCCGGCGUAUGCCCCCACUGAUUGAUUGAUUAAUUGUGUGCCAUCUGUGGUUAUUUACUAAAUAUAUAAUACAGAAUAGAUAAAUAACUAUGCUUAAUAGGAGGUGGCUGAGUGGUUAGCGUGCUGGGGUCACAUUCACCACGACACGGACAACGUUGGUUCGAAUCCCCACGCUACCACCUGGGAUUUUUCAGUCACCGAGUGGCCUAAGGCUGUAUUCUUAAACAUUUCGACGUCGAAGCACACAUAUUUUACAAGGCUGUCGUAGGAGUUAUGGGCAUUUCCAGGGGUACUUUUAUGGCCCUGGUGGCAGUUUGACCCUUCUUCUGUACCAUGAACCUACAAAAACAUUUAUAAGAACCCGAUUAAUCUCCUUUUCGGCCUUUGGAAAUAGUUGAUGUGAGGGGUGGAAGCCUCUAAGAAUACCGUCCAAAGACUACCCACAUGCUGUCCAGAAGACCACCCAUCAACCUGGACUCUAGAAGAAACCGUCCAGUGAAUCAAGUAUGAGUUCUGGGGGGCAGCAUGAGCCA